AUGAUGAAUCGCGUUAUCAAACCAUGCGAUGUGUUCAUUAAUCAUCGAGGGAUUGAUACAAAACGCACUGUCGUUUCUUUGCUUUAUGAUCAUCUUUCUAGGUUUAACCUAUGUCCUUUCUUGGACAACAAGAAUAUGAAACCAGGCGAUAAGUUGUUUGAAAAUAUUAAUAGAGCAAUCAAGCAAUGUGAGGUUGGUGUAACAGUUUUUUCUCCACGUUACUGUGAGUCAUAUUUUUGUCUUCAUGAGCUAGCUUUGAUAAUGGAGUCCAAGAAAAAAGUUAUUCCUAUAUUUUGUGACAUUAAGCCUUCGCAACUUCGCAUUGUCAACAAAGGACUGUGUACAGAAGAGGAGAUUCAUAGGUUUAAUUGGGCUCUUGAAGAGGCAAAGCACACCGUAGGGCUAACGUUCGAUUCAUUAAAAGGGAACUGGUCGGAAGUGGUGACGAGUGCUUCAGAUAUUAUAAUCAAAAGCUUAAUUGAGAUCGAGAAUGAAAAACAAAAGCAGCGUCGAAAGAUUUCAAUGCCUUAUUAA